GUUGUUGUUUUGCGUCACAGGAGGGACGCCUCGUUCCGUCUCUUUAGUUGUUUUUUUAUUUUUAGACAAAAAGAAAACAACAACAAGUCCUCGGUAAAGUUUAGUGCUCGGGCUGGUUCUAAAAGCUCCACAUCAAAGCAGCCGACCGGGUGACGUGCUCUGCGCGCGCUCCAACUUUUCCUUUUAAACCUGGAUUAUUUCGCUUUCUCUCUCCGCUGUCAGUCGCUAAAAAUAGCCACAUAUGUGGAGGUUCGCUGCGAUGGUUUCUGGUUGAACUUUGUUUUUGUUUUUUUAAAACACCGAGAGUAAAAUGCAGAAGAGCGUGCGGUACAACGAGGGGCACGCGCUCUAUCUGUCCGUGGCGGCGCGUAAAGAAGGAACCAGGCGAGGCUACCUGAGCAAGAAGAGCGCGGAGAACAGCCGCUGGACCGAGAGGUACUUCGCCCUCUACCAGAACCUGCUCUUCUACUUUGAGAACGAGCAGAGCGCGAGGCCCUCCGGUAUAUACCUGCUGGAGGGGUGCACGUGCGAGCGCGCACCGGCGCCAAAGGUGUCCGCCAUCAGCAAGGAGCCCGUGGAGAAGCAGCAGUUACUCUGAUAUUGUCGUGGAGCGGGAGAUCUUGAUGCAGAAAUACAUCCACCUGGUCCAAAUCUUGGAGACAGAAAAGAUCGCAGCCAAUCAGCUUCGCACUCAGCUGGAGGACCAGGACACCGAGAUUGAGAGGCUCAAAGCUGAGAUUGUCAUGCUGAACAAAACCAAGGAGAAGAUGCUGCCUUACCAGAACAACCAAGAGGAGGAGGAGGACCCAGAUAUUAAAAAGAUCAAAAAGGUGCAAAGCUUCCUGCGUGGCUGGUUGUGCCGGAGGAAGUGGAAGAUCAUUGUCCAGGACUACAUCUGCUCUCCUCAUGCUGAGAGCAUGAGGAAGAGGAACCAGAUUGUGUUCAACAUGGUGGAAGCAGAAACGGAGUAUGUCCACCAGCUCUCCAUCCUGGUGAACUGCUUCCUCAGGCCGCUCCGCAUGGCUGCCAGCUCCAAGAAACCUCCCAUCAGCCACGAUGAUGUCAGCAGCAUCUUUCUCAACAGUGAGACCAUCAUGUUUCUUCAUGAGAUCUUCCAUCAAGGGCUAAAGGCUCGGAUCGCCAGCUGGCCAACAUUAGUUCUGGCGGACCUGUUUGACAUUUUGCUGCCGAUGCUGAACAUCUACCAGGAGUUUGUGAGGAACCACCAGUACAGCCUGCAGGUGUUGGCUAACUGUAAGCAGAACAGAGACUUUGACAAGCUGCUGAAACAGUACGAAUCCAACGCUGCCUGCGAGGGCCGCAUGCUGGAAACGUUCCUGACGUACCCAAUGUUCCAGAUUCCUCGAUACAUCAUUACGCUCCACGAGCUACUAGCACAUACACCUCAUGAGCAUGUGGAGCGUAAGAGCAUGGAGUUCGCCAAAUCCAAGCUGGAGGAGUUGUCAAAGAUGAUGCACGACGAGGUGAGCGACACAGAAAACAUCAGGAAGAACCUGGCCAUUGAACGGAUGAUUGUUGAAGGCUGCGACAUCCUGUUAGACACGAGCCAGACGUUUGUCAGACAAGGCUCUCUCAUCCAGCUCCCGUCCAGCAGCGAGCGGGGCAUGCUCAGUAAAGUACGCCUGGGCUCCCUCUCGCUGAGGAAAGAAGGAGAAAGGCAGUGUUUUCUCUUCACCAAACACUUCCUCAUCUGUACACGAACAUCUGGAGGGAAGCUUCACCUGCUGAAGCAGGGAGGAACUUUGUCUCUGAUCGAGUGCACGCUCAUUGAAGAACUGGAUGCUAAUGAUGAAGACUACAACGCUGCAGGUCAAGGCUUCAGUCACCUGGAGUUUAAGAUUGUGGUGGAGCCUCCUGAUGGUCAGAACUUCUCCGUUGUCCUCUUAGCUCCUUCCCGCCAAGAGAAAGCUGCCUGGACCAGCGACAUCAGCCAGUGCAUUGAUAACAUCCGCUGUAAUGGCCUCAUGACCAGCGUGUUUGAGGAAAACUCUAAAGUCUCUGUGCCACACAUGAUCAAGUCUGAUGCCCGGCUGCAUAAAGACGACGUGGACAUUUGCUUCAGCAAGACACUCAAUUCCUGCAAGGUGCCACAGAUCCGAUAUGCCAGCGUGGAGCGUCUGCUGGAGCGGCUGACAGACUUGCGCUUCCUCUCCAUAGACUUUCUCAACACCUUCCUCCACACUUACAGGAUCUUCACCACUGCCGCCGUGGUCAUCGACAAGCUGGCUGACAUCUACAAGAAACCGUUCACGUCCAUCCCUGUGAGGUCUUUGGAGCUCUUCUUCGCCACUAAUCAGGGCACCUGGGGUAACGACCCGCUGAACAACAAAUCUCCGAGGCUCUGCCGCAAGUUUUCAUCCCCUCCUCCCAUUACCAUCCCUUCCUGCACCUCCUCCCCGAUGCACUGCCGCAAGCUCUCCCUCAGUUCCCCCAUCAGCCUGAAAGUGGGAGCUCUAGAUCUGUCCACGACGCCCUCCUCCUCCGCAGCCAACUCUCCUACCUCCAGUCAUAUGUCCUCGCUGCCUCCGCUCUCCACCAAGGCCCCGCUGGACCUCAGUCGUGGUCCCAUCUCUCCAGAGCUGAGUCCAGCUGCGGGGGAGGAUGUCACUGGAGAGCUACCUCGCCUUGAUGCCUUCUGUGGGAAGCUGCGGCGCAGCUUUCGCAGGGCUGUUCUGGAGUCUGUAUCUCUGGACAAGUUUAUUCCUGAAUCACCAUCCAGCAGCGAGCUGGGCGAUUUGUCUCCCUGCCGCUCCCCGUCCACGCCGAGGCAUCUUCGAUACAGACAGGCAGGAGUCACAUCGGGGGAGAACUCUCGCUGCGCCAUGUCGCCUGCGUCGGCGUUCGCCAUCGCCACAGCUGCCGCCGGGCACGGCAGCUCGCAGGGUUUUAGUAAUGCUGAGAGAGCUUGUGACAAAGAAUUCAUCAUCCGCCGAGCCGCCACCAACAGAGUUCUGAAUGUGUUGCGACACUGGGUUUCUAAACACUCCCAGGAUUUUGAGAUGAAUGGUGAGCUAAAGACGGGGGUUAUUUGCCUCCUGGAGGAGGUGCUGCGAGACCCCGACCUGCUGUCCCAAGAGAGGAAAGCAGCAACCAACCUUUUAAGUGCCCUUUCUCUGGAAGAUCAGGAUGACACUCUGCUGAGGAUUGAAGACAUUCUACAAAUGAGCAAAAAUCAAACCAUGAGGUCAAAGGAACAGACAGAUCUGGGGAAGGCUGUAAGAGAUUUCUCCGGCACUGAAGAGCUCAGUGACUUCCAUAAAUCUCAGCUGGAAGAAGUUUGGGAGUUUCUGGGUCAGGGCUGGAUGAAAGUGGAUAAAACUGAGAGGACUCCGUACAUCAUGAAGACCAGUCAGCACUUUAAUGACAUGAGUAACCUGGUGGCGUCUCAGAUAAUGUCCCACACCGAUGUGAGCUCCCGGGCCAGCUCCAUAGAGAAAUGGCUGGCGGUGGCCGACAUCUGUCGCUGCCUCAACAACUACAACGGAGUGCUGGAGAUCACCUCUGCUCUCAACCGCAGCGCCAUCUACAGACUGAAGAAGACCUGGGUCAAAGUCUGCAAACAGACAAAGGCGCUGAUGGACAGGCUGCAGAAGACUGUGUCGUCAGAGGGGAGAUUCAAAAACCUCAGGGAGACACUCAAAAACUGCAACCCUCCAUGUGUCCCAUACCUGGGCAUGUACCUCACCGACCUGGCCUUCAUCGAGGAGGGGACACCCAACUUCACCGAGGAAGGUCUUGUUAACUUCUCCAAAAUGAGGAUGAUUUCUCAUAUCAUCCGGGAGAUCCGUCAGUUCCAGCAAGCACCUUACAGGAUCGAGCACCAACCCAAGGUCACCCAGUUCCUGAUGGAUAAGACAUUAGUGAUGGAUGAAGAUACCCUCUAUGAGCUGUCACUCAAAAUAGAACCACGAGUACCUCCUGGCUAACGUUAUACAUAUUUACAUAUCUGGGAGUCCAAACAUUAAAAAAAACAUGGGUUGUUCCGUAAUACACGAGCAGACAUUGUGCUUAGGAACAAAUGUGCCUUGUUUUAUAAUGACCUGAGUUGCUAAUUAAAAAAGACACACAACUUGUGUGUCAUAGUUAUGAGCACAGAACCCUCUGAACUUCCAUUUCUAGAUCGUUGCUGCUAACACACCAACAGACUAAAACAUUAUGUAAUGCUGUGCAUAAAAAUCAGAAAACUUUUACACAUUCUGUAUUACAGUACCACAGUUUGAGUAUCCUGCUGGUAUUUAACCUCAGCGUGCACUGUGCAUGCUGACAGGUGGCGGAUGUGAUGGUUCACGACGAGCCGGUUUAAAGUCUUUACACUUUGUU